AUGGCACAAACUCCACACUCAUUGCUCCUACUCAAACGCCUUUCGAGCUGUUCUCCGAACCUUAAACCCCCUCCAGCUUUCCUCUCUCUCCUAAAACCCUUCUCAACCUCACCAACCCCAAUCUCCUCCUUAGAGCCAAAACCUUCCUCGCUCUCAGCACGAUUGAGUUUCGUCUUCGACCAAAUUGACGCCAUCGAGAAAGAACGCUCCGAGAAGGAUCAAACCCUUCAAAAAAUCCGAGCUUGGCGUGACUCCAAAAAAUCCCAAAAUAACCCAGAAUUAGGGUUGGGAGUUGUCAGUGACAGCGAAAAUAAUGCUAAGUUGAUUAGUUCUGACUCAGUUUCGUCCGAGUCGGAGAGGUUGGAGACGACAGUGGCAGCUAAGAAAGAGGUAGAGGUAGUGCACCCAUGGCCGGAGUGGAUUGAACUAAUGGAGAGGCUGGUGCAGCAGAACUAUUUUGAUCAUAGGAGAAACGAUGAGGAUAGAAUGAUCCAAGAUAUUGGCUUUAAUGCAUCUGAAGCUGUUUUGGCGGCAAAGGAAGAUGCCCAAGGUGUUGAUUUCAAGGAUUUCAAGACUGUUCAAACAGCAUGUCUUAAUUUCGGGAAGGACCGGUUCGAUAUUAUGAGGUCCUUGUCGAGACAGGAUAUUCAAGUUUUGGUGGGUUUUGGAUGCCCGAGUACGGACAAGAAGGUGGUUUUCUCUUCAAAGUUGUUGAGGAAGCAUACCCACCUUGAUGAAGGAGAUGUUUGCAGUUCCUGCAGUUUAAGAAAUUCCUGCGAAAGAGCAUAUCUGAUUACUAACAAAGAGGAUGAGGCACGUACUAUUGAUAUAAUGCGUGUUUUAUUGGCUUAUGGAUUUGAUCCUGUAAAUGGAUCAGUAGUCAAUAAGUCACUUCUGAAACAAAAGUCUGUUAAGACUGUGGUCCGUAAGUUACUUCAUCAGGUUGUCAAGUUGAGUUCAGUUCCAAUAGAUCCUAAUCUUCCACCUCCAGUAAUCAAAAAGCCACCCCCAAAAGUAAAGCAGCCUCCUCCCCCUCCAAGAAGGCGAGUUGGACGAGAUGACAUUGAGAUGAAAAAAGGGGACUGGCUAUGCUCUAAGUGUGACUUCAUGAAUUUUGCCAAGAACACCAUCUGCCUGCAAUGUGAUGCCAAACGUCCAAAGAGACAACUGCUUCCAGGAGAAUGGGAAUGCCCUGGGUGCAACUUUUUAAAUUAUAGGAGAAAUAUGGCAUGCUUUCAUUGUGAUUGCAAGCGCCCACCGGACGAAUAUCUGGAGAACAAAGUGCAAGAAACGCAACGUGGCCCUAGGACAAGGAUGGAGAAGACUGCUGUUCUUCACGGGGACUCUAAUGCCUGGAAUUUUGAUUUUGAUGACAAUGAGUCAGACGGGGCAGAUGUUGCUGCUUUUGAAUAUGCAGAUUCUUCAGUAAUAGGUGAAGGUUCUCUUGGUAACCAGGCUCAAGGACAAAAUUUUGGCCGCCCUAAAGAUAGCAGAGUACCAAGUGUUCACAAUGAAGAAUACUCUGAUGGUGAUACUGUUAGGCCAGGAAGAGGGUUUGAUGAUUUUAAUGAUGAAGAUGAUGAUAUUGACAAUUACGAGUUAGACACUAACAAUAAAAAUUCAGCACAGAGCGGUUCAAUUGAUUUUUCGGAAUUUGAAGGGUCCGAAUCAGAAGACAUUGAAGGCUCUGACAAUAGUUCGCAUGGUCGUCGCAGAACAAAAUCUUCUUACAAUAAGCCACUUAAGUCUACACGUCAACAGGCAGCGUUCUCUGUCUCAGAUGAUGGUGAACUUGUUUCUGACGAAGAGCUUUCAGCCCAUCCCAACUGGAAAUCUAGUCAUGUUGCUGAUUCUAGAUCAAGAGGUAGGGGUAGAAAUACAACUGGUCCAUCCAGGGGAUUAAGCUUUGGUUCUGAUGAUGAAAUUGGACUGUCUUCUGAUGUAGAUGAUGUAGAUCAAACUUUUGGAUCCAGGCGAGGUAAAUUGAAUAAAUUAGGUUCUGGGAUAAGAGAUUUUCAGAGGAGAGGAAAUUUUGAUGUUGAAGAUGAUUCAGUUUCUGGUUCAGAAUCAGACAAUGAUGAUUUUCAAUCCAGUAAAAAUAGACUCAGAAGGCCUAAAGAAAACAAUUUCAAAGGUCGGGGCAGCCAUAACUUUACCAGAGACACACAAUUUGAAUCCAGUGGAAUGAAGGGUGGUAGGAGAAAUUCUUUCAACAAUGAUUUUGACAGAUCAGCACGAGGGUCUCAUGGUAGUAAUAAAGGAUUUCGAGGGAAUGAUUUUGACAGCCAGAGAAUGAGUAACAGAGGUGGUGAUAAGCAGAGUUUUAAGGGGGGUCCUAGAAGAGAAGGGUUUGGAAAGAGUGGGAGGAAUUCUUUCAAUGAUGAUUUUGAUAGAUCAGCAGGAGGGUCUCGCAGUAAUAACAAAGGAUUUCGGGGGAACGAUUUUGAUGGGCAGAGAAGGAGUAACAGAGGAGCUGAUGCACACAAUUUUAAGGGGCCUAGAAGAGAAGGAUUUGGAAAGCAGCAGCGUGGAGGGGUUAAUGAAUAUGGUAGGGACAAGGACAGUGGCUUUGAUGACUUUAGAAACAGUAGACGUGUAAUUGAAAGAUAG